GUGACAUCACCCAAAAAGGAUAUGAAAAGAAAAGGGCCAAGCUGCUUGCACGUUACAUACCACUUAUUCAAGGCCUAGACCCAUCUCUGCAAGCAGAGAAUAGAACCCCCGGGCCCUCACAGACCACGGCUGCUGCACCCAAACAGCAGAAGUCUCGGCCCACCAACUCACGGGAUGAGCGCUUCCGGUCAGAUAUCCACACUGAAGCCGUGCAAGCAGCUUUGGCCAAAUACAAAGAGAGGAAGAUGCCUAUGCCUUCGAAAAGACGCUCUGUUCUUGUACAUUCAUCUGUGGAAACCUAUACCCCUCCAGACACGUCGUCUGCCUCAGAAGAUGAGGGCUCUUUACGGCGACCCGGGCGACUCACCUCCACUCCGCUCCAGAGCCAUCCCAGCGUCGAGCCCUGGCUCGACCGGGUCGUUCAGGGCUCGUCCACUUCAUCCUCCGCAUCCUCCACCUCAUCUCACCCGGGAGGGAGACCCGCUGCUGCUCCCAGUGCCGCCACCACGCCGGGGGCCGCUGCUGCCACUGCGCUCGCAGGCCUCACAGCCCACGCCCACAUAGAUCUUCACUCUGCCCCUCCCGAUGUCACCACGGGCCUCGUGGAGCAUUCGCAUUAUGAGCGUCCACAGGUGGCUUCUGUGAGAGGCGUUCCUCGGGGGUGCGGCGGGAGCGUCCUGGAAACAGCAGAUGGUGUCCCCGUGAACAGCAGAGUGUCCUCCAAGAUCCAGCAGCUUCUAAACACCCUAAAGAGGCCAAAGCGCCCUCCUCUGAAGGAGUUCUUUGUGGAUGAUUUUGAGGAACUGUUGGAAGUUCAGCAGCCAGAUCCAAAUCAGCCCAAGCCCGAGGGAAGUCAGACGGCAGUGCUGCAGGGGGAGCCUCUGGCUGCAGGGGCCCCCUGGCCUCCGUCGCUGCUGGCCGCCUUGCAGCGGUGGGGCACCACGCAGCCCAGGGCCCCCUGCCUGACUGCCCUGGACACGACCGGAAAGGCCAUCUGCACUCUCACCUACGGCAAACUUUGGAGUCGGAGUUUAAAACUAGCUUAUACUCUGCUUAAUAAACUGACUAGUAAGAAUGAACCACUACUUAAACCUGGAGACAGAGUGGCGCUCGUGUUCCCAAAUAGUGACCCUGUGAUGUUCAUGGUUGCCUUUUACGGGUGUCUCCUGGCAGAGCUGGUUCCUGUCCCCAUAGAAGUGCCAUUGACAAGAAAGGAUGCAGGCAGCCAGCAGGUUGGGUUUCUCCUGGGCAGCUGCGGAGUCACCCUGGCCCUCACCACAGACGCUUGUCAGAAAGGCCUGCCCAAGGCACAGACCGGAGAGGUGGCAACUUUCAAAGGUUGGCCGCCCCUGUCCUGGCUGGUGAUUGAUGGGAAGCAUCUGGCCAAGCCCCCCAAGGACUGGCACCCUCUGGCCCAAGACGCAGGGUCCGGAACCGCCUACAUUGAGUAUAAAACCAGCAAAGAAGGCAGCACGGUGGGAGUCACGGUGUCCCAUGCAUCCCUGCUGGCACAGUGCCGGGCUCUGACCCAGGCGUGCGGGUACUCGGAAGCUGAAACAUUAACAAAUGUGCUGGAUUUCAAAAGAGAUGCUGGUCUCUGGCAUGGAGUGUUAACAAGUGUCCUGAACAGGAUGCAUGUGGUCAGCAUCCCCUACGCACUGAUGAAAGUCAACCCACUCUCCUGGAUUCAGAAAGUGUGUUCCUAUAAAGCCCGGGCUGCACUGGUGAAGUCCCGAGAUAUGCAUUGGUCUCUCCUAGCCCAGAGAGGUCAGAGGGACGUCAGCCUCAGCUCGCUGCGCAUGCUGAUUGUGGCCGAUGGCGCUAACCCAUGGUCGAUAUCCUCCUGCGAUGCCUUCCUCAACGUCUUCCAGUCCCGAGGUCUGAGGCCGGAGGUCAUCUGUCCCUGUGCCAGCUCUCCCGAGGCGCUGACAGUUGCCAUCCGCAGGCCACCUGAUCUGGGAGGGCCUCCUCCAAGAAAAGCCAUCCUGUCCAUGAACGGUCUGAGUUACGGCGUGAUCAGAGUUGAUACCGAGGAAAAGUUGUCAGUCCUUACUGUUCAGGACGUUGGUCAAGUGAUGCCUGGAGCCAGCAUAUGUGUUGUGAAGGUGGACGGUGCCCCUUAUCUUUGUAAAACGGAUGAGAUUGGAGAAAUAUGUGUCAGUUCCAGCGCAACCGGAACAGCCUACUACGGCUUGCUUGGAAUCACCAAGAACGUGUUUGAGACUGUUCCGGUCACCGCAGGAGGGGUGCCCGUCUCCGACAGGCCUUUCACCAGGACGGGGCUGCUGGGCUUCAUCGGGCCUGAUAACCUGGUCUUCGUGGUGGGCAAGCUGGAUGGGCUGAUGGUUGUUGGAGUUCGCAGGCAUAACGCGGAUGACGUCGUGGCCACCGCACUGGCCGUGGAGCCCAUGAAGUUUGUCUACAGAGGCAGGAUCGCCGUGUUCUCCGUGACCGUGCUGCACGACGACCGCAUCGUCCUGGUGGCAGAGCAGCGGCCUGAUGCCUCGGAAGAGGACAGCUUCCAGUGGAUGAGCCGCGUCCUGCAGGCCAUCGACAGCAUCCACCAGGUGGGCGUGUACUGUCUUGCUCUGGUUCCUGCCAACACCUUGCCCAAGGCUCCUCUCGGAGGGAUUCACAUUUCUGAGACCAAACAGCGCUUUCUGGAAGGGACGCUGCACCCGUGUAAUGUGCUGAUGUGCCCACACACCUGUGUUACCAACCUUCCCAAACCUCGUCAGAAACAACCAGAGGUGGGACCAGCCUCGAUGGUUGUGGGGAACCUGGUUGCUGGGAAGAGGAUCGCGCAGGCCUCUGGGAGAGAGCUCGCCCACCUGGAGGACAGCGACCAGGCUCGGAAGUUCCUGUUCCUGGCCGACGUGCUGCAGUGGCGGGCCCACACCACCCCUGACCACCCGCUGUUCCUGCUGCUGAACGCCAAGGAGCAUGUAGGAUAUAAAGAAGGAGAAGCUGUGGUCCUCACAUCCACGCUGUGGCAGGAGUACAGAACACGAAAACAUAAGAAGUUACACAAUAACGAAAGUCCUGGCACAGUCACCAGCACUGCAACCUGUGUGCAGCUGCACAAAAGAGCUGAAAGAGUGGCUGCGGCUCUGAUGGAGAAGGGAAGACUGAACGUUGGGGACCAUGUGGCUUUGGUCUAUCCCCCAGGCGUGGACCUCAUUGCCGCCUUCUACGGCUGCCUGUACUGCGGCUGCGUGCCCGUCACCGUGCGGCCCCCGCAUCCCCAGAACCUCGGCACCACGCUGCCCACCGUCAAGAUGAUCGUGGAGGUCAGCAAGUCCGCGUGCGUCCUCACCACGCAGGCGGUCACGCGGCUGCUGCGGUCCAAGGAGGCGGCGGCUGCAGUGGACGUCAGGACCUGGCCGACCAUUCUGGACACAGAUGACAUACCGAAAAGGAAGGUAGCCAGCAUUUUCAGACCCCCCUCCCCAGACGUGCUGGCGUACUUGGACUUCAGCGUGUCGACCACAGGCAUCUUAGCGGGCGUGAAGAUGUCACACGCGGCCACAAGUGCCUUGUGCCGCUCCAUAAAGCUGCAGUGCGAGCUGUACCCCUCUCGGCAGAUCGCCAUCUGCCUGGACCCCUACUGCGGCCUUGGCUUUGCCCUGUGGUGUCUGUGCAGUGUCUACUCAGGACACCAGUCGGUGCUGGUGCCUCCGCUGGAGCUGGAGAGCAAUGUGUCCUUGUGGCUGUCGGCCGUCAGCCAGUACAGGGCCCGCGUCACCUUCUGCUCCUACUCUGUGAUGGAGAUGUGCACCAGGGGGCUGGGCACGCAGACAGGCGUCCUCAGGAUGAAGGGGGUGAACCUGUCGUGUGUGCGCACGUGCAUGGUGGUGGCUGAGGAGCGGCCCAGGAUCGCGCUGACGCAGUCCUUCUCCAAGCUGUUCAAGGACCUGGGCCUGCCCGCGCGCGCCGUGAGCACCACGUUCGGGUGCAGGGUCAACGUGGCCAUCUGCCUCCAGGGCACAGCCGGCCCGGACCCCACAACCGUCUACGUGGACAUGCGGGCGCUGCGCCAUGACAGGGUACGUUUGGUAGAACGGGGUUCUCCACACAGUCUGCCGUUGAUGGAGUCUGGAAAGAUCCUCCCUGGAGUGAAGGUCAUCAUCGCACACACGGAGACCAAAGGGCCCCUGGGAGACUCGCACCUGGGUGAGAUCUGGGUGAGCAGCCCCCACAACGCCACGGGGUACUACACGGUCUAUGGGGAGGAGGCACUCCAUGCUGACCACUUCAGUGCCCGGCUGAGUUUUGGGGACACCCAGACUGUUUGGGCAAGGACUGGCUACCUGGGCUUCCUCCGAAGAACAGAGCUCACCGAUGCCAGUGGAGGGCGGCAUGAUGCGCUGUACGUGGUUGGCUCUCUGGAUGAAACGCUGGAGCUGCGAGGCAUGCGGUACCACCCCAUUGACAUCGAGACCUCUGUGAUCCGAGCGCACAGGAGCAUUGCCGAGUGUGCUGUGUUCACCUGGACCAACCUGCUAGUGGUGGUGGUGGAGCUGGACGGGCUGGAGCAGGACGCGCUGGACCUAGUGGCCCUGGUGACCAACGUGGUGCUGGAGGAGCACUACUUGGUUGUGGGCGUGGUGGUCAUCGUGGACCCGGGUGUCAUCCCCAUCAACUCGCGUGGAGAGAAGCAGCGCAUGCACCUGCGGGACGGCUUCCUGGCUGACCAGCUGGACCCCAUCUACGUGGCCUACAACAUGUGAGCGCAGCGCACAGCCCAGCUACUGGGGAGGUCCGCGACCCGGCCGGCCAAAGGCGCGAGCGUGAAGAUGCUGCAGAGCCCCCACCAGAGAACGGAGUCUGGUCUCCACGACGACUGGCCCCUUCCUGUGCUUUGGAGAGCCCCGCGACAGUUGCCCAGCUCUCACUCCAGAAAGCACUUCCUGGAUUAUUUAACUGUUUUCAGUCUGCCAAGUACUUUGACAGAAACAUGGAUGCCGGUGUUUUAACAGACGGAGCGACUGGGAGAGGAAAGGAAAGGCCUGGCGUGUGCAUCGCAAGUCUUUCAGACACCCUGGCUAUUCUCUGCUGUACUGCGAGUUUGCACUUUCCUUAGGCUAAAAAUAUAGUUCCUGAUUUUAAAAAUUCAGUUAUUUAUUUCCACUUCAAAUGACAAGUUCACUUAUAGAAUUUAGGCUGGAGAGAACUUUGAGGCUGUGAGUCCAGCAGCCUCUCUGCAUUCCCCAGGCGGCUGAACCCCGCAGAGCGGACAGCAAGGAGCACAUGCAGGCCCGCCCCUCCCUCUGGAGGACCGCACCGGGCCAGGCACAGUGCUCCCUCUUUGCCAGUGUCUUUGCGGAAACAGGUGUGCCCGUUUGCUGAAUGUGUUGUCACUAACACUCGUCAAGUGCCAUUUUGGACUGUCAGGUUAGAGGCUCUGUUUCAGAAAGAGAAGCCAGCAUUUAGUUUCAAAUCACUGCCCUGGUCUGUAACUCCGUGCUGUUUGGUUAAAUUGCUAGUUUUCAUAACACUACACCAUUAAUUCUUCUCAUGGAAGUGUACGGAUUUCCAAGUCAGCAGAUUGAGAAGCAUCGGUAGCAAAGCCUGAGGUUUCCACGUGCUUGGUGCUGUUGGUGAGCACCUGCAGGACGGCGGGGCGGUGGGCAGCCCUGUCCCUCGGAGGCGGAGCUGGGCACGCUCCCACUGGCUUCGCAUUUUGACUUGUGUGCCUGUGAAAUUUGGCCAAACCAUUUUCAGUUAUUUUAUUCAAACUUGACUAAGCUGAGUGAUCCAAAAUUACGCUGAACCUAAAUCAAAGAAGAGAAUGUAAAAUCCUUUAGAUACUUCUAACAAUUUGAAGUCAGGCAUGAAUCCAAGACAUAGAUUAUUUUUAUAUAACUAAGAAUAUGUCAUGAAAUUGUUGGGUUUUGGGGGGAUCGAGGGUGGGAAAUUUUAUGAAUCAUGCAUGCUUCACAGAAACACCAUAUUUUUCCAAAAUUAGCCUGGAUUAGUGCCUAACAAAGCUGUUAUUAAUUCUCCACAAAUGAGUCUGGCUAACUGGACCAGCUCUCGUAUCUCACUCCCAUGUGGCCACAGACAGCAGCGUGCACAGUGGCCCUGUUUGCCUGCAGUGGGGGACUGCGGU